GGGCAAGCCAACAUUGUUGUUACGGCAUCCAACAUCGAGGCAAAAGGAACAACAAAGACAUCAUUAUCAAUUUCAUCGUCGCAGUGAAAACAAAUUCUCUUUCACAAUCAACAAUAAUAAUUUAUAAGGGACAUGUAUGGAUGAAGUAUAUUGCAAGGACAUCAUCAAGUACCUCAAAGUGCUACUAUUUAAGAAACUUAAUUAUCUCCAAGAAUCUAUAGAGCAUAAUAAUCAAGACAAAAAAGUAUAUGUAACUAAGGCUAUUUAAUUUGCAAUGGGAGCUAGAGAAAGCAAGUUGAUGAAAUGGGUUAGUGGAAGUGCUCAAAACAAAUACAUACAAGGUCCUACGUUGUUAGCACCAAAAGGUUAUGUUCCAAUAUGUGUUGGCACAAAUGAGGACACGUGUCGGCGAUUUAUGGUUCAUAUAAGAGCACUUGGUGAUUCAUUCUUUGGUGAGUUGUUGGGUAAAUCUGAGGAAGAAUAUGGGUUUAGGAAUGAAGGUGUUUUGAGGAUCCCAUUUGAAGCUCAAGAUUUUGAGGAAUGGUUCAUUGGAAGCUCCAACAAAAAGGUUAAAAUUAAGAGGAUGGUAAUACCAAUUUGAUUAGAGACAUAUAGUCACCUUGGUUUCAAAUAUCUAACAAAAAUGAAAUUAAAAAAAAAAAUCCACCUAUUUUAUUUAAAAUUAAGUUCGAUUUUAACUUGCUUAUAUUUGAUAUUGGAAGUAUUACAUUCUUUUCUUAAUUAGUGGGUCUAUAACUUUUGUUAUUAAUUGAACAUCUUUAUAGGUUGAUGGGCUUGUAAUUGUGGAUGUAUGUGUGUUUAUUCUUCAUCAAGAUAUUAAUAUUUUUGUAAUUAA